AUAGGGAGCUGACACGUCAUCCCCUUAAUAUAUUUUAUUCACUCCCUCACUCUCUCUGAACUUUCUUAAAGUCCCUCACUCUCUCUGAACACUCUUAACUCAAGUCUCUAACUCUCUCUCUCUGUUUCUCAGUCUCUACUCUCUAACUCACUUAAAUCCCUCUCCAAAUAGUCCAAACAGAGACCGAAUUGAGAAAGAAGACCCUCAGACCGAAGCUUGCCCGAACCUCCACCACACCACACACCAAGUUCGCCGGAGCUGUGCGUGGAGCUUGGAAACAUACCGGAGCAGAGACCGAAUUAAGAAAGACCCACAGCCCUCAGACAAAAGCUUCCUCCCUCUUCCAUCUUUGCUUGCCCAAACCUCCCCCUCAGACUCUCACCUCUCUCACACAACCCACACAGCCACAACCACCCAAUCACCAUCAUCAAGCCACACAACAACCCAGCCACCAUCCCAUUCAACCAAGCUACCAUCAAUGAAAUUCACAUACCCAUUCAAAAAUCCAAAGAUCCAAUCACCAUCAUCAAGCCACACAACAAAAAUCCAAAGAUUCAAUACAAAAACAAACCAAAAUCAUUCUCUCUGUAACCCCAAAAAACCCACAACCAUGUCUCCCACUCACUCUCUCCCCCUCCUUCUCCUCAUUUCCCUUCUUCUCAUCUCAACCUCAACCAGCUCCUCCGACUCGGACCGAGUCUCAGGGCUCCAAUCCCUCCAAUCCCAAUCCAAAACCGGCAUAAUCCACCUCGACGACCACUCCGUCUCUCGCUACCUCACCUCCACAAAAACCCCAAGACCCUACUACCUCCUCAUCUUCUUCGACGCCACCGAGCUCCACGACAAGUCGGACUGAGAAGCUUGAGUUAGAGACGGAGAAACAGAGGGAGAGUUCAGGGAGAGUGAGGGACUUUGAGAGAGUUCAGAGAGAGUGAGGGAGUGAAUAGAAUGAGAGAGAAAAAAAAAUAUAUAUAUAUAUAUAUAUAUUAAAGGGGAUGACGUGGCAGCCUCCUAUUGGCUGACGUAAAACACUGGUUUUAUGCCAAGCCUGACAGAAUGUCUACUCAUGUAUAUAUAUAUAUAUAUAUAUGAGUAAAAUUUUUUAUGUGAGGCGUUGUGUUAGGGUUUAGGGUAACAAAAUUGUGAAUUUUAUUGUCAAAAAAGAAGGGGAGGGUUUCCGUUGCUGUGGGUAUUUGGCAGCCAAGGGGAUAUUGGAAGGGAAGGGAGGCAUCAGACAUGGCAUCAACGCCAGUUGAGGUUCAAAAAGUAUUGCAUAUGAUGUUUGCGUUCUACUGCAAAUCAAGAGGAAUCUUGAGAGAUUCUUCUUAUCAUGGAAAAAAAAAGUUUUUAAUUUAUGGUACUUCAAGUGGUGUCCAUAAUUCAUCAUGGAAACCAAGUCAAAAGCACUUAUACACAGUAAACAUAAAUGCUGCAGUGCAGAGGUACCGAGCAAACUUGGGAAAAAAAUUGGGCGGCACGGGAUUUGUAGUCCGUGAUCAGGAUUACUACCCAAUUUGUUGUGGGUCGUCAUGGACUAUCAAUGACAAUGAAGAAGUUCUUGACUUAGAUGUGAAGGCUGCAUAUAGAUGGGGAAAGUUGAUUAUUGAUAGGUAUAAAUUAAAUGACUUUAAUAUUCAAAUGGAUUCAAAUUACAUUCCUGCUAAACUCAGUCGGAAUAAGAAAUACAAAGAGACUAAAGUUGACCAAACUUUGAAGAUGAUUAGAUCCAAGAUGCUUGAGGGAAAGGGUUGCAACAUUGAGUUUGAGUGGAUUAGUAGUCAUAUCAACACAGUGGCUGAUUCUUUUGCAAAAUUAGGAUGUGACAUCCACUUUGCAAAGGAAAAUGGAGGUGACUUAACGAGAGUUCUACCUUCACAUGAGUUUUAUGAUUUGACAGACUACCCUAAAUGGAGUGGGGAUGAUGAAUAUGGAUUUUCGGAGUUUUUUGAUGAGUCAACGUAUGUAACUUGGGAUGGGGAAACCGGAUAUCCAGCUGGUUUUAAAGAAGUUUUGUUCAAUAGUUUUAGGAACAAAAUUAUUAUUCCAACUGAUACAUCGGGAGAUGCUACUACCAUCACAUUUCCAGAAUUCAAUAUUGUCGACCCAAUUGGAAAACAAAUUUUGGAAAAGAUUGAUGUCUUGGCAAGCCUCAUUUCAAAUAAGGAGAUUUCGAGGUUGAUAAUUCAAUUUUGGUGCAAGGAUGAAGAUAAUCCAAGAGAAGAAGUUUUAGUGGAUGUUAAUCAUCUACACAAAGAGAAAGAGAAGAAUCCGGUGAACGAUUUGUACAAACUGUUGGAAAGCUUCCAGAUCCAAAAGGAGAAAACUACUGCUAUGCCUUUUACUGAGGGUGUGCUUAAAUUAUAUGCUCAGUAUACAAAGAGCACAAACAAGAUAAAUUCUGACAUCAAACACUCAGUAUUGAACCCAAUAGUUGAGUUUCAUAGGAGGUGGAAGUAUUUUGGUUCUGUCGCCUAUCAAAUCACGAUAACCACUCAGUUGCCAGAAUCAGAAGAUGACCUUCAUCGGUUUGAAGCAUACAAAGAGAAGUUACAUGACCUACCUAUUGUGGGUGAUCAAGACAGUAGAUACGUCACUCAUAUAAGCACAAUAGAUCAUGGAGAGUUGGUCGGUGAAUAUGAUACUAAUGACAGUAGUGAGCUUGAAGAAGGCUGCAAUAUGAAUUACGGGACUGUGGCUGAAGAGAAUUUGAGUGAGCUCUAGUUCAUCUUCAACAGCACGAGGUUUUGUUUGGGGGGUCUAGAACAGCUAUUCUUUUGGAGCCAAUUUCACACGAUUCCUCAUGAUCACUAAAUAGAACCCAUUUGGAUUUGGCUGAGUCGCCCAGAAAAUUGUGGAAAAAUCAAAAAAAUGGGGUCUGAGAAAAGUUUGGAAGCCAAAGGUAACAUUGACAUUCUUUGCACUUUUUGAUUCCUUAAGUUGUGGGUAUUUAUCAUGUCUUUUUCUUGGUGUUGAGCUUCUUAAUCAUAUCUUCAUAUGAGUGGUCAGUUUCUGCAUUGUGAACUAAUGUUAUUGAGGCAACUUCCUGACAUGAAUUUAGGAAGGGAUUUGUUUUUUUUAAAAGAAAAAUUGAAUCAACACCUUCUUCUUCUUCUUCUUCUUCUUCACACCUAAAGACAGUCUUUAAUGUGUGGUAUUGAUUUGUGGUGUCUCUAUUUCUAGGAUAUUUCACAGUUUCUUUGAGCUUAUGAUUUCAUGAUGAUGCCCACGUAAUUAUUUGUAUCAUAUUUCUUAACAUGUCUUAUAUUAAGCUACAUAUAUACCUUAACAUUUUAGACCAAUUUAUCAAUUCAGCCAUUUGAAAAUUUAAUCUCUGGCAUGUUGGAGUGGAUCUAGAAAUUUGUAUUGCUAUCAAUGGUUCUAAAUAAAAAUUGAUAAUGAUUUUUGGACAUUUUUAAGAUACUUAAGAGAUUGGACUUUCCAGAAAUGAAGUUUAGUUUAUACAUUUUGGGAUAUGAGGUAAUUAUAUGACAUUGCAUUUGCAAGGGUUACUGUUUUUUUAAUGCAUUAAUUUGGAGCAUGGAAGUUGCAUAUUAUCUUUAUAGCCUAAUUUUUGUUUCACCACAACAUCCUGUCUGAAAAUAAAGUUGGGGAAUUGGUUUUGGCUUCAAUGACCAAAACCAGUGUAUUUGCAUUAAUAUUUAUAUAUACAUGUAAAUCUAUUACACCUGAAAAGAUAUAGCAACAAUUCAAAUACAAGAAGAUUAAAUAUCAUUUGUAUGCGUAUCUAUCUCAAUAUUCUGCAGCAGCUCUGUUUUAUUGGAAAUUUGGUCUUAUCUUGAUCUUGAGAUGAUGAGAUUUGAACUUGGUGCUUGUCUUUAUCUAUCUCAAAACUAGCAUCAAUAGGAUUAACUUGAUCCUAUUGAUCUGUUAUCUUAACAGCCCCCCGCAAGAUGAUGGGGGUUGAACAACCAUCAGCUUGGAUUUGAGAUAAACAAAACGUGAUGAGGACGAUCCUUUGGUAAAAAUAUCAGCAACCUGAUCAAGGGUAAAGAUGAACUUGACUAUGAUGUCACGAUUGACUACCUUCUCGCAAACAAAAUGGUAGUCAACUUCAAUAUGUUUAGUACGGGCAUGAAACACCGUAUUAGAGGCUAAGGCAAGUGCACUGACAUUGUCACACCACAGCACAGGAGCUACCUUAAGAGGAAUCUGAAUUUCUUGAAACAUUCGCUACCAGUAAAGUUCAGCUGUGGUGAUGGCUAAGGAAUGAUACUCAGCUUCAGUACUAGACCGGGAAACAGUAGCUUCUUUCUUAGUACUCCAAGAAAUAAGACAAUCUCCAAGGAAAGCUGAAAAUCUGGAAGUAGAGCGUCGAUCAUCAAGGCUACCAGCCCAAUCCGAAUCUCAGAAGGCAUUAAGUUGGAGAGAACCUUUAGAGUACAACAACCCAUGAUCAGGUGUCCCCUUAAGAUAGCGUAAUACACACUUUGCAGCUGAUAAGUGAGUUGAAGUUGGAGCAUGUAGGUGCUGACAAAAUUGAUUAACUGAGAAAGCAAUCUCUGGACGAGUGAGAGUACAAUAUUGUAAGCAGCCAACAAUAUGCCGAUAGACAGUAGGAUCAUUUAGUAAGUCACUAGAAGAACAAGGUGACUUGGAAGGUUUUGCAUCAACCAUGUGAGUGUGAGUAAGUAAAUCUGAAAUUACCUUGUUUGACAGAUAUGUAGGCCCUUUGGAGUGCGAGAAACCUGAAUACCAAGGAAGAUUAGAGUUUUUGUUUGAUUCUAGUCUCUAAGAAUUGCUAAUUAGUUACUGCAUAUUGGAUUCUGUUUGCAAGGAAAUCUAUUUCUUUUCUUGAUUAAAUUAAUGUGAAAAAGGGGGGUUGUUUACAAACUGUUGAAUAAAUACUUCUUUGGCACUACAUUAGCAAAUAUCUGAGAAAAGGGGAUUGGUUUUACUCCUAAGGAUAAAAGCGCUUGUAAUAUGAGAGUGGGUUUCAUUUUUCUUGCUGCUAAUUGAGAAAAAUAAAAAUCUUGACCUGGUUUUUCGCUUACCUUCUUUGUUACUAUUACUGGCUUGAACAAAAUUUGGAGUUCUCACUUUAUAGUGAUGGUAAUUGUAGAUCCUCUUUAAGUUUUUAUGUAUGCCAUAGUUUGUUGCGCAUGAUAGAAUUGAAUUUUGGUGUUUUUGUUAUGUGCCUUCUUGAGUAUGAAACUUGAAAAAAAUAUCAAGAAUGAUCAUGUCAUAUAAUUAACCCUUUCUGUUCUGCUGGUUUAUCUUGGAAAUUAACAAUUAACAUGCUGUUUCUUUGAAUUAGUGGGCCUGGAAGAAAUUUUAUCAUUUAAGAAAGUUGAACGGAAACUCAUAAAUAGCUAUUCCUUUAUUAGUAGGAGAACUUUGACAUGGUUUCAUUGCUAAAAGUACACUGUGAAAUGCAGUCCAAGGUGGCAUCAUUUGUAGAUCCUAAUUCUGAUGUUGAAGAAUCUAAGAUCUAUAUUCAGACAGGGAAGGUAAAAAGGCGAUGACAACUCUUUUUUUUUUUUGAGAAGAAGUAUCACAAAAUUUCAUUAAAGAUUAUGGCUUGAGAAGAAGUACCACGAAAUUUCAUUGAAGAAUUAGCCAUAAUCGGCAAGAAGAACAUCAAGAAAAUCGUGCUUGACAUGCUCCCAUAUUGAUGAAAUUAUAUGGAAGGAAAUAACUUGGAGAAUUGCAAAUUGUUGCUAUGUCUCCUUGAAAUUACAGUUGAAGUUUUUCUUUUCUUUUUUGAUAAGUAACAUUUUAAGUUUUUCAUUCAUGCAUGGUAUCCUUGACUCUGCAUAGAUCAUUGGCCUCGAGAGUUGCAAAUUGUUUCUAUGUCUUUGAGGUGAUGGUGGAUUAUUCUAUGGCUCUAAUGUGGGAGUGGCUGGAGAGAAACAGAUGCACUGAUAAGAGUUGCUUUUUAUUCUGUAACUAAUUUGCAAAAAUGUUUUGAACUAUUGUUCUGUAACUUAGUACUUAUUUCCUCUAAUGUUUUUCAGCAAUCUCAUCACUGAAAUACCUCAUUCUGUGACUUUUGAUUAAGAUUGUAGAUAAGCAAUACUACAAGACUACAACAAUAAAGCCUUAGUCCCAAAAUUUUGGGGUCAGCUACUGUAGAUAAAGCAAACUGCUUUAUAAAACUAUAGUGUAGUUGGGUCAAAUCCAACUUUAAAAGUAUUGGCUAUUAUUGUUAAGUUGGAAUUGUGAAUUAGAAAAUGAAUGAUAAGCUUUGAUUAGGUUGAACUUGCAUGACCAGGUGUGCUUGAUGACCAAAGAAGUUAAAAAUUUAUUUGGUUUGUUUUAACAUUUUUUUUUCUCUACUUUCUUCUUUCUGAUGUCAAAUUCAUAAACACUACAUAUUUUUUUCUUUUAUUUUUUGAGGAUUCAUAAACACUAUAAUCUUCCAUUGGUUCUUAUUAGUUAUUAUUUUUAAUACACAUCAUAUGCCUUUCAUUUUGGUAAAAUCUGGGGUUGAUCUCUGCUUCAUGACUUUACAGUCUUAAAUGUUUAUUAGAUAUCGGUGCCCUAUUUCUUAUGAUUCUCAACUGAUUGCAGAGGCUACAAAGCAAAUAUUUGAUUCAGUGCAGUGUGUCAAAAAUGUUUGUUGAACUUGGCCACAACAAAUCAGAUGCAUCGUGCGACUGGUGGUUGCAAAACAGUUAAGGUGAAUAAUGGUAAGUGAGUACAUGCUCUAGAACCUGUUAGAAAGAUACACAUUAAUGAGUUCAUAACACUUUUUUGGAGAAAGAAUCAGCAAGAAAAAGAUUCACUGGAAUGGGCAAAGAAGCUAUUGGAGCAUUCAAUAAGGUAGUUUACAAGUGAAUUGCUUCAGGGCCUACCAAAUUGCUUAACACCCUUAUAUUACUAUGAGAAAUUUCAAAACAUGUGAUCUAAAAAUUUAAUGUAAUAAUGAUCUGAGGAGAAACCUCAAAAACACAUUAGUGUAGAAGCUACUCCUAAAGAAAUUUAAUCUAAAAUUAGGAUAGCUGGAGUCAAUUAGGCAAUGCCUAUCUUUCUUCAGCAGCCAAACUUUUUAAAAAUUCUUUUAUUUCCCCUAAUAUUAUUUAUUAGACUUACAAUUAGCCCCUAGAAAAAAUGAUAUUUGGCCCCCUCAAAAUUUUUUAAAUGUUUAAAUUCUUGUUAGUAUUAGCAUAUUUCUGGAUAAUUCCCGAACAAAUUAGUCAUAAUCCUCCCAAAGAUAUAUAUAUAUAUAUAUAUAUAUAUAUAUAUAUAGACACACACAAGGGUUGGGUUGAAAUUGAGAUUAUAGAUAAUAAUUUUCAAGAUUUUCCUUCCUAAAAUGUAUACAGAAAUCCUCAAAUUCCCUGAUAGUUUCUUUAGUUUUGGAUGUAAUCUAGUUUCAUAGUUAUCAGCGAUUUUGCAAUUUUUAAGUCCCUAAAUGUUAAGAUGCUUUUAAAUGAUUAAAUCUAAUAAAUAAGAAGGAAAAAAAAUGCUUGUAUUAAUUAGAUAAGUUUAGUUGAAAAACAAUAAAAGGAAAAGUAACCCAUCUUUCUUUUUCUGGGGGGGGGGGGUGUGGGGAUAAAUUUUUGUCGUUAUUUCCCUCUCCACUCCACUAUUAUUCUAUCAAUUAUAUAUAAACUACAAUAAAAUAAAGUGUUGAUUAAUUGAAUUCUUUAAAUUUUAUAGACGCAUAGUAACAUGAUUGACUAAACUUUUGUCUUUGAUGACCAUUGGGUUGUGGAGGCUGAUGUCAUGGCUGUUUUCGAGCAUUUUCACAAGUACUCAGCUUUUGAAAAGUCCCUUAAUGCUUCUUUCCUCUCUUUAGUUCCUAAGAUAUCUAAUGUUGUCAAUAUUAAGGAUUUCCGGCCUAUUAGUUUGGUGGGCAGUAUUUAUAAGUUGCUGUCUAAGGUGUUGGCGAAUAGGUUGAGAGUAGUGUUAGACAGUUUGAUCUCGGAGACUCAAAAUUCCUUUGUUGGUGGUAGACAAAUUUUGGACUCUGUGUUAAUCGCGAAUGAGUGCCUUGACAAUAGAUUGAAGUGUCACUUCCCGGGUGUAGUUUGUAAGUUGGAUAUAGAAAAAACCUAUGAUCAUGUUAAUUGGAAUGCCUUACUUUAUUUAUUGAAUAGGAUGGGUUUUGGGUUGAAGUGGAGGGAGUGGAUUAAGACAUGCAUUUCUAUUGUUCGCUUCUCAGUUCUUGUAAAUGGAUACUCGGCAAGUUUUUUUGGUAGUUCUCGUGGGUUAAGACAAGGUGAUCCUUUGUCCCCUCUUCUUUUCCUUUUGAUCAUGAAAGUUUUAUCUCGGAUUCUAAAGAAAAUUGAGGAUAGUGGACUGCUUCGUGGUUUUCAAGUGGGUCCAGUUAACUCUAUUGGGGUUCGCAUUUCACAUUUGCUAUUUGCAGACGAUACUAUUUUGUUCUGUGAUGCUUCUAGAGAUCAAUUGUUGUCCAUUAGACUGGCUUUGUCUUGCUUCCAAUCUUUUACUGGUUUGAAGGUAAAUGUGGGGAAGAGUGAGAUUGUCCCGGUGGGGGAGGUUGGUAAUAUAGGUGUUUUGGCUAACAUUCUUGGUUGUAGGAUGGGGAGCCUGCCUAUGAAAUACUUGGGAAUGCUUUUGGGCACCCUGUUCAAAACCACUUCCAUUUGGAAUCCUAUUUUGGAAAAGAUGGAGAAGAAGCUGUCUAGUUGGAAGCGUCUAUAUUUGUCUAAGGGUGGUAGACUUACACUCUUGAAGAGUACCCUCUCUAGUCUUCCUACAUACUAUCUUUCCUUAUUUACCAUCCCUGUAGCUGUGGCUGACAGAUUGGAGUGUAUUCAAAGAAAUUUUUUGUGGGGGUCUUUGGAGGAGUGUUUUAAACAUUCUUUGGUGGUUUGGGAGAAGGUGUGUUCACCUCUAGAGUCAGGUCGUUUGGGGUCAGGAAUUCAGUUCACUUUAACCAAGCCCUUUUAGGGAAAUGGUUAUGGAGGUUUGGCCAAUAAGGAACGCAUCUUUGGCGAAGUGUUAUUGCCACCAAAUAUGGAGAGGGUCAAGGGGGGUGGAGUAUUAAAGUAUGCAAAAGGGCCCAUGGGUGUGGUCUUUGGCGUGGUAUUAAUGAUGGUUGGGAGAGAUUCUCCAAACAUUUGGCUCUUGUGGUAGGGGAUGGCUCCCGCACUCUUUUUUGGCAUGAUAGGUGGGUUGAGGACAACUCACUUAAAAUGCUCUAUCCUCAGUUACAUGCGUGUUCUCAUGACAAGGAAGCCUACAUUUCUGAUUUGUUGGGUCAUCAGGAGGAUGGGAGUACUAGUUUCUGGAACUUGAGAUUCUAUAGGAAUUUUCAUGAGAGGGAAUUAGAAGCUACUUUCUCUUUCCUUAAUUUCAUUUAGUCUCGGAUUCCUAGAGGCAUUUGGCGUGAUAGUCCCCAUUGGUGUCUUAAAAGGAAUGGUAAGUUCGAUGUUCAGUCUUUUUAUAAUAAGAUCAGGGGUACAUCUCUCUCUAGCUUCCCUUGGAAGGGGAUUUGGAAAGUCAAGGUUCCUAAAAGGGUGGCUUUCUUCUUGUGGACCGCAACCCAUGGUCGGAUACUUACCUUGGAUAAUUUGAUGCUUCAAGGCCUCCCUUUAGUGAAUAGGUGCUAUAUGUGGAAUCUGUGGACCAUCUUCUUAUUCACUAUCCUGUAGCUUAUUCUUUGUGGGUGCAAAUGUUACAAGUUUUUGGGAUUCAAUGGGUCAUGCCAGGUUCAGUGGAGAGUUUGGUGUUUUGUUGGAAUAAUUGGUUGGGGAAACUCUCUUCGGACAUAUGGAAUAUGGUUCCUGGCUGCUUGAUGUGGGUUGUUUGGAUGGAAAGAAAUAGGCGCUCUUUUGAGGCUAUAGAAAAAUCACUUGAUCAGUUACAAGCUCUCAGCCAAAGUACUCUUUUUGAAUGGGCUAGGUGCUGUGGUUCCUCAAAUUGUUCUUCUACUCGGGAGUUUCUUACUCCCCUUAGUUGUGCCCCUUAAGUUUAUUUUCUUUUUUCUGUUGUCUUUGUUUGCUGCUUUUUGUGUUCACCAUCAUGAACACCUUGUAUUUGAUGCUUUCGCUUUUUCUUCAAGUUUAAUAUAAUUCUCAUUACUUAUCAAAAAAAAGAAGAAGAGAGUUUCAUCAUAUUUCACCAUCAAAUAUAUAAAUAGGAGAGCAAUAGAUGGAAUCAUGGAAUCCAGUGUGCAUGAGAGAGUGGAGAUUUGCUAAUUUUGGUUAAAAUGAAUUCUCAUUAUCAUUCUGUGAGGGUCCCAAAAACUAAAAGUGAGUCAAAUUCUAACUUUUUAGUUUUUAGGAACAUACCCACCAUCCACUGGUUAGAUUUUAAGUUAUUAUUUCCAUAAUUCCCUCUGGCAAGUAAAACUUUGAAUUUCAUGUUAUUACUUAUUAGGGCUUAACUUUAAAUUUUAUUAUUUCCAUAAUUCCCUCCAGCAAGUAAAACUUUGAAUUUCAUGUUAUUACUUAUUACUUAUUAGGGCUUACUUUAAAAGGGAAGUCUAGUUGCACCACUAGCUUGCACGGUUGUUUAAGAAAGUGUGUUGUGUGUAAUAUAAAUUGAUACACACUCCUUUAAAAGUUACCAUGGUUUUUUAGUGGAGUUUGUAGUGUGCCUCUAUGUUAAAACCCCUCUCUCCCUUCCUUGUGUGUAUACUCUAAAAAAUACUUUUGCAUUUUGGAGAGGCUGUCAGAGCUAGUUUUUGUGGGCUUGCUCUCCAUUUGGAGAGCGAAAUGUGUUUAAAGAGCUUGCUAGAUAUGCUCCCAGAGUUUAGGUCAGUGGGUUGAAUGCACACUUUUAUAUAAGAGGAGAUAUAAUACACCUUGUGCACCAAUAACAUAAUGUCUCUUGGUCUUGUCUUGCAAGUUUACACUUUACGCUCCUAUAAUAUGAUGAUUCUUGUGCUAGAUAUUGAAUCCCAUUGUUAGGUAAAUGUGGAGCUUUGGCAAAAACUUUAGAGGAAAUUUUUUUUUCUUUGGUAAAAUGGGAUUUAUUGAAGGGAAGCCCCAAGAGUAAUCCGCAAAAGAAAAAACAGACUAUUUGGCGUUUGAAUGUUCCUGGUAAAGUCAAAAUUCUGGCUUGUUGAGCGUGUAGAAAUUCUUUACCUUCAAAGACAAACUUUGUUUGAAGCCGGGUUAUCACCAAUGACAAGCAUGAUAUUUGCCAAACUCACCAGGAGGAUGUCACCCAUGCUCUCUAUCUAUGUCCAAAACUCAAGAACUGUGGCACCUAGUCCCACUCUGGAACCACAAGAACGGCUUGCACAGAAUUCUGAAGUUAUCAAUGUAAACCUGCAGCCGAAUCCACAUGCCCAACUAUUAAUGUUAAACAUUGAAAUGCAGUUGUCAAAUUUCCCUUUCCUAAAGUGAAAGUAUCUAGCAUUUUUUUUCCAAUGCACUUCAGCAAACUUCAUGACCUAAACGUAUUGAAAAAGGUUUAAAAUCUCAUGUGGAAGCAAAUCCUUGGCAGUGGUUUUUGGCAUUUCUCAUAUGGAAGAUUAUUGACUUUAGAGAUCUGUUUUGUUGAUGAAUUCUAGUUGUAGAUUUCUUGAUUAUUUUUUUCCCUUGUUCUCCAAGAUAUGUGACUCCUGGUGCUUAGUUUUACUGCUAAGCUGUUUAUACGUGCCUCUGUGCAUAUCCUCAUGUUUCGAACUAUUUGAGUUUGAUUCUUGGAUAGUAUUUCUGGCUAACACUUGCUUAUCUUCCCAUAUCAGCAUCCUCAACAAGCACUAUUUCUUGGUUACACGUCAUCAUUAGUUGACGAAGCAAGAAAUAAUGUACCUCCUCAACCAUGAAGGUGUUGUUGCUCAAUUGAUCAAGUGAACAUGAACAAGAAUAAUGUUGCCUAUAAAAUUAUUAGAUGCUUUGUUAGAUGUACAUCUAUAUUUACUUUCAAGUCACGUAGGAACUAAAACUUUUAUAUGGGAAUACAAGGGAUAUAUAUUAGUUA